AUGAGAAAAGAGAUGAGAUCAUAUGACUGUGAUAUCUGUACAAAGUCGUUCUCUUGGAAAAGUAACCUAAUUAUGCACAAACAUACACAUACAGGUGAGAAACUGUAUCAUUGUGAUAUCUGUGGUAAAUCAUUCUCUCAAAGUAGUCACUUAUCUACACACAAACGUAUUCAUACAGGAGAGAAACCUUAUCAUUGUGAUAUCUGUGGUAAAUCAUUAUCUGAAAAUUGUGACUUAACCAAACACAUACGUAUUCAUACAGGAGAGAAACCAUAUCAUUGUGAUAUCUGUGGUAAAUCAUUAUCUGAAAAUUGUGACUUAACCAAACACAUACGUACUCAUACAGGAGAGAGACCUUAUCAUUGUGAUGUCUGUGGUAAAUCAUUCUCUCCAAAUAGUAACUUCAUGAGACACAAACUGAUUCAUACAGGGGUGAAAGGAAAAGGGUAG